AUGGGAUCCAUUGGCAAAUCAUACCCUCCCGGAAUCCACGUCCCCAGCUUGACAUGGUUCCGGUCUGAUGAUACACAGUCGAUAGACUGGGAGCUCCAAGAGCGUCAUCUCGAGUUCCUCGUAGGCAGCGGGCUACACGGUGUUGUAAUCGCUGGCACCAACGGCGAAGCCGCAACUCUCACACCAGACGAAAAGUCAAGAUUAGUGAGUCUCACACGCUCCGUCGCAACAAGACUGGGCCGAGCAGAUCUCGCAAUCACCUGCGGCACAUUCGGAGGCUGCACGCAUGCCAUCAUUGAAGAUACCAAGCUUGCCUCCAAGGCCGGCGCGGACUAUGUCCUCGUCUUGGUCCCGUCGUUUUUCCACUUUGCGCUCGACUCGGAUGCCAUUGUCGCAUUCUUUCAGGAGGUCGCCUCCGCGUCACCGAUUCCUAUCGUCAUCUACAAUUUCCCGGGUGUGGUGAGCGGGUUGAAUGUGAACUCGGAGAUGUUGCAGACUCUCGGCGACCACCCGAACAUCGUCGCUGUCAAGCUCACAUGCGGCACAAUUGCGUCGGUCUCGCGCACGGCGGCCAAGUUUGGCCCUGGGCUGGCUAAAUCUGGGGCCCAGCCUUCGUUUGUCGCUCUUGCUGGCCAGAGUGACUGGCUUGUUCCGUGUCUGAGCGUUGGUGGAACAGGAUGUAUCACCGGUCUUGCCAACCUCUACCCCAAGGCAUGCAUCGAGAUCUUCAACCUUUAUACUUCUGGCAAAAAAGCCGAAGCCGAAGAGCUACAGAUCAAACUAGCCAGCGUCGAAUGGGGCUUCGGAAAAGGUGGCAUCAACGGCACAAAAUGGGUUGUUGGAAAGUAUCGUGAAUACCCAGAGGACAGCACUUGGUGCCGAAGGCCGUAUCCGAAGUUCUUGGAUCAAGGGAAAAGAGAAUGGAUUACGGAGACUGUGAAGCCGCUUCAAAAGAUCGAGGCAGCACUUUAG